CCCAUUCUCUUUCGUCUCGUUCGUGUUAAAAAAUCACAUCUGCCUAGCCCGUGGCCGUGGCAUGGCAAUGCGGCACCACACGAUGCCACGCGGCCUCCACCGUCCUAGCGCCCUAUAACACCCGUGCAGCGGAGUGGGCAUGGCACACAGCUCCAGGCCACGAGACCGUCCAGCGCGCGGGCAGGCGCGCCGCUAAACUAAACCCGACCAAAUGCCGCCUCUCCUCACCUCCUCCUCCGUACCGGCGCUGCCGCUGGCCGCGUGGUCCAGGUACCGCCUCAGGGUUGCGGCUUCCAACGCCGCCUCCGCCCCGGACGGGGCCGGCGCCACUGCCAGAUGCACCAGCACCGGCGGGUUCCCGUCCUUCCUUCCCGGGGCGGUGGAGCGCAUCCGCGACGGCGCUGCCAUCCGCCUGGCCAAGCGAAUCGAGCGCGUGCCCGUCCAGACCAGUUUCUCGGGUAGCGCGAUAUCGAGCAGCUGUGUGAGGCCGCUCAAGCAGCAACAGGACGGUGAUCCGGUCGUGCUGCUGCAUGGAUUCGACAGUUCUGUUCUAGAAUGGAGAUACACCUACCCAUUGCUCGAGGAGGCCGGAUUGGAGGCUUGGGCUGUGGACAUCCUUGGGUGGGGCUUCUCUGAUUUGGAAACACGGCCGCCAUGUGAUGUUGCAUCCAAACGCGAGCAUUUUUACCAGUUCUGGAAAUCUUACAUCAAAAGGCCUAUGGUGUUAGUCGGGCCCAGCCUUGGUGCUGCUGUUGCCAUUGAUUUUUCAGUCAACUACCCCGAAGCGGUCUCGAAAUUGAUCUUCAUUGGUGCAAGUGUAUACUCUGAGGGCCCAAAAGAUAUGACCAGGAUGCCUAAAUUUGUUUCAUAUGCUGGGGUGUUUAUAUUGAAGAGUCUUCCACUGCGAUUUUUAGCAACAAGAUUGGCAUUUAAAAAAACUCCAAAUGAAUUCUUUGAUUGGGUGCAAAUUGGCCGUCUGCAUUGCCUACUUCCCUGGUGGGAGGAUGCUACAGUAGAUUUUAUGAUUAGAGGGGGUUAUAAUGUCAUAAACCAAAUAAAACAGGUGAAGCAUAAAUGCCUGAUCCUGUGGGGAGAGGAUGAUGGAAUAAUAAGCAGCAAACUAGCAUAUAGGUUGCAUCAGGAACUCCCAGACGCUAUUCUGAGGCAGGUCCGGCAGUGUGGCCAUAUUCCUCACGUGGAGAAGCCAAGGGAGGCCGCAAAACAUGUUCUUGAAUUCCUCGCAAGAAACACGUCAGACAAGUCAGACCAGUCUCCUUCCGAGCCGUCAGACAAGUCAGACCAGUCUCCUUCCGAGCCGUCAGUAGUCGUGAACCGCUGAGCAGAUCACAGAUCCUUGAAGGGUAGGCUGUACAAAGUGGAAUGUUUGGCCAUGGAUGAUGGAUACAGUCGCUAACUCGCUAUGCUCAGCCAAGCUGCUGCUGCGGAAGGCUGAAGCUGAACUCGGCGAUGGUUCUCAGCGACACUAGAAGAUAGGUUGUUGGUCAGUUAGGACUAACUGUACUGUACGGUAGCACUGCAAUGCAAGGGACGCAGUGGAUGGGAGCAUGACAAUUUCGGCUGUUGCCAGUACUGUAAAUUAUGCAAUGUAAAAUUAUUUGGAGUUUGCAAGGGCAUUGCCCUUUUCCCUC